UCCGUGUAUUCGGACGUGUGUGCCGAGUUGAAAAGCGAACAGAAACGUUUUUGAAAGAAAAAAAAGUUACCGUGUGCUGAUGAGAGUGAAAAAGCGGCAAUAAAAUACAACUUGAUAUUUCCAAUUAAUUCGCGAUGACCGAAUCGAAGAUGAAUCUCGACGGAUAUAAUAACAAAACAUUUGUGGAUGACCAUGGAAAGAGGAUAAAUAUCGACAAUAUUCAGAUGAGCGAAACAUCAUACAAUCAUCCAGAGAAGCAAUCCAAACAUGAGGAAUAUGAUCCGUAUUCACAACGAACAGUUAAACAUCCUAUAUCAAACACGGACACAAUCGUACAUCUGUUAAAAGGUUCGCUGGGUACUGGAAUUCUAGCCAUGCCAAAGGCUAUUUACCACGCUGGCUACAUUACUGGGACGGUGGGGACAUUUUUGAUUGGAAUGAUGUGUGUUUACUGUGUACAAAUGCUGUUGAAAUCACAUUAUGAACUGUGCAAACGGAGAAAGAUUCCGCAAAUGGAUUACACGACGAUCGCAGAGAAUGCUGUGCUUGAGGGUCCAAAAUCCAUUAGCAAAUAUGCGCCGGUUGUUAAACAUAUGGCGAAUGCAUUUUUACUCAUGUGUCAAAUUGGUGGCUGUUGCAUUUAUGUGGUUUUCAUAGCAGCAAAUAUAAAAUCGAUCGUUGACUAUGCCACUGACACCACCACCGAUGUACGACUAUUCAUGGUUAUAAUUUUGCUGCCCAUCAUUUUCCUCAACUGGAUUCGAAAUUAUAAACAUUUGGCUCCGUUGUCCACAUUGGCUAAUAUCGUGACCAUCGUUUCGUUUGGAAUAAUUUGCUACUUCAUUGUGCGCGAACCGAUUUCAUUGGAGGGCAAACGAGCAUUUGGCCCAGCCUCAGAAUUCCCAUUCUUUUUCGGAACCGUACUCUUCUCAUUGGAAGCCAUUGGAGUUGUCAUUCCGCUUGAAAAUGAGAUGAAGACACCAAAAUCGUAUGUCGGUCUGACUGGUGUAUUGAAUCGUGCGUUUGUGAUCAUUGUCAUCCUUUACAUUGGAAUGGGUCUUUUCGGUUACUUGAAAUAUGGGGACGCCAUUCGUGAUUCAAUCACGUUGAGUUUGGAAAUAAACAGCAAAGCCGACGAAAUUUUGGCACAAUCGGUGAAAGGAAUGCUUGCCUUUGGCAUCUAUAUUACCCAUGGAAUUGCGUGUUACGUCGCAAUAGAUUUGACGUGGAACAAAUACAUCGUCAGUAAAAUCACAAACGAUCGCUAUAAAUUAUUCUGGGAAUAUGUUGUGCGUACUGUCAUCUGUCUAAUAACCUUCUUGCUCGCAGUUGCCAUACCAAAACUAGAUUUGUUCAUAUCGUUAGUCGGUGCAUUGUGUUUAUCAACUCUUGGCCUCAUAUUCCCCGCACUAAUUGAGACUUGUGUAUUUUGGCGUGAUACAUGUGGUGUACAACGAUCAUUGAUGGUCAUAAAAAAUAUACUCAUUGCAUGCUUUGGGUUUUUCGCUGUAUUUGUCGGUACAUCAACGAGUGUUUUAGCGAUCUAUCAAAGUUUCACACAAUAGACAUACCAGUAUAUCAAGAAUUUUCGCUCGAAUGCGAUCAUAUUGUGGUUUUUACGAUAAUUAUCGUUUAAAUAAAACUGUGCAUCGAAUGUUAAAGCAUAUAAUUCAGGUGCUGUUUCACCGACAACAUUCGAUACGUGUGAUAGACUGUUAUUUUAUCCAGUAUUUGUAAAUGACGUUAUCAAUAAAGUGUGUAGUUGAAUCUAGAAAGAAAAA